CUUCAUCAUAUACAUGCUGAUUUCAAUUCCACCCAAAUCAACCAGUCUUCAAUUUCUCUCUCUCAAUUUCUCUCUCACACACACAAACACACACACACAAAACAUGUAUCGUCCAAUGUUGGAAACGGCACCAUUCAUAACCAGUGUUCAACCAAUUCGAUGGCAGGAUUCAUUAGCUCGAUUACUUGUUCCCUUACUUCUCUUGAUUUCAGUUUGUGGAAUUCUAAAGUAUGGCUACUUUGAAGACUGUCGAGUCUUAAUGGGACCCGGGUCGUCUCGUUUGAUCAAAACAAACUCUCUGUUUUUGAGAGAAAUGGAAGUUAGAGACAGAGAUAAGAAAGGAGUUCUUGUUUACAGAUUCUCUGAUAAACCUCGGCUGAGUUUGCAGAAGAAUUGGAACUUAUCGAAAUCCUUAAAUCUUCCUGUUAAUGGUGAAAAGGGGUUUUUCUUGUGGUUGAACAAAGGAUCAAGGGUUCAUAUCAGAUUGGAAGGGAGAACUAGUAUUACCAGCUUUGAUCAGAUGAGAAUUUCCUUAAUUAAAGGUAAUAAAAUAUUUGUAUAA